AGCCAUGACUGGGGGAAGGAUUGAGCACUGAGAGGAACCAACCUGCAGCCGAGUGUGUGUGUGUGUGUGCGUGUGUGUGUGUUUGUGUGUGAGAAGCAUCAACCUGCAGCUGAGUGUGUGUGAAGCAGCACUGACAGACACACACGAUGCUGCAGAAUGGCGCACCGAGUCUCCUGCAGUGUUUGUGUGCAGGAUUAGCCGCUACUUAACUGUGUGUGUGAGAGAGAGAGAGAGAGAGAGAGAGUGAGAGUGAGUAUGUGUGUGUGCAGAGCCUCCAGCCGCGUCAGGUGGAUGCAGUGAUCCAGGUCGCCCCUAUGGAUCGCGUCCAUGGAUGAUUUCAAACCCGCUUUGGACACCAGUUUGAGUCCCAGGGUGUGUGUCUCCUCAGCGGAAGAGGAUGUGUUCCGCUGGCCGGAGGAUGGAGGCGGCGCGGUGCCGGACGCGGUGCCGGACGCGGCACCGGGAUUCUGGAGGGCCGUGUUCGACUAUGAAGCCGCUGCGGAGGACGAGCUCAGCCUGCGGAGGGGCGACCUGGUGGAGGUGCUGUCCAAGGACUCGCUGGUGUCCGGGGAUGAGGGCUGGUGGACCGGCAUGAUCCUGGACCGGGUCGGCAUCUUCCCCUCCAACUAUGUGAGCCACGGAGACAUCCGGGACACCGGGGAGCAGCAGCAGUACCCGGUGCCCCCCCUGCACCUGCUGGAGAUAGAUUUCUCGGAGCUGACCCUGGAGGAAAUCAUUGGGGUGGGGGGCUUUGGGAAGGUGUACCGGGCGGUAUGGCAGGGGUCGGAGGUCGCAGUGAAGGCGGCGCGGCGGGACCCUGACGAGGACCCGGAUCAGACCCUGGAGAGCGUCCGGCAGGAGGCCAAGCUGUUCGCCAUGCUGAACCACCCCAACGUCAUGGGGCUGCUGGGGGUCUGUCUGCUGGAGCCCAACCUGUGUCUGGUGAUGGAGCUCGCCCGGGGGGGGCCCCUCAACCGCGCCUUGGCUGGGAAACGCAUCCCGCCCUGCACCCUGGUGGACUGGGCGGUGCAGAUCGCCCGCGGCAUCCUCUACCUGCACAGCCAGGCCAUCGUGCCCAUCAUCCACCGGGACCUCAAGUCCAGCAACAUCCUGAUCCUGGAGAGGGUGGAGAUGGAGGAUCUGAGCAACAAGACCCUGAAGAUCACGGACUUCGGUUUGGCUCGGGAGUGGCACCGCACCACCAAGAUGAGCGCCGCCGGCACCUACGCCUGGAUGGCCCCCGAGGUCAUCCGCUCCUCCACCUUCUCCAAGGGCAGCGACGUGUGGAGUUACGGCGUGUUGUUGUGGGAGCUGCUGACGGGAGAAGUUCCUUUCCGGGGGAUCGAUGGUCUGGCGGUGGCGUACGGAGUCGCCAUGAACAAGCUGGCUCUGCCCGUUCCCCUGACCUGUCCGGAGCCUUUUGCACGACUGAUGGAGGAGUGCUGGAGUCCGGACCCUCACUGCCGGCCUCACUUCACACUGAUCCUGGACCAGCUGACGGCCAUCGAGGAGUCUGGAUUCUUCGAGAUGCCGGCGGAGUCGUUCCACUCCCUGCAGGACGACUGGAAGCUGGAGAUCCAGGAGAUGUUCGACGAGCUGAGGACCAAGGAGAAGGAGCUGCGGUCGUGGGAGGAGGAGCUGACGCAGGCGGCGCUGCAGCAGAAGAACCAGCAGGAGGAGCUGAGGAGGCGCGAGCAGGAGCUGGCGGAGCGGGAGAUCCACAUCCUGGAGCGGGAGCUGAACAUCAUCAUCCACCAGCUGUACCAGGAGAAACCUCACGUGGAGAGCCGGCAGGGAAAGUUCAGACGCAACCGGCUGAAGCUGAAGGACGGGAACCGCAUCAGCCUGCCCUCAGAUUUCCAGCACAAGAUCACGGUGCAGGCGUCUCCGUCUCAUGACCAACGGAGGAGUUUACUGAGCAGCAGCUCCAGUCCCCCCAGCAGCCCCCCCCUGCUGCCGCGCCUCAGAGCCAUCCAGCUGACUCCUCGGGAGGGGUACUCGGCCUGGGGUCGCAGUGCAGGGGUCCAGCUGGAGGAAGAGGAGGGAGAGAGGAAGGGCUCCAGGAAGAAGGGCCGGUCCCAUAACUGUGGCCCCUACCGGGAGCACAGCGCCGACGCCAGUGUGAAGCCCCCCCACGAGGGCAGCAGGCAGCGGUCCUGCAGCGCCCCAAACCUGCGACGAUCCCCCCGACACAGCCCCGCCGUGCCCGGGGUCCCCAGCCUGCUGGAGAUGGAAAAUGAAGACAGCUGCUUCACCACUGAUCCAGCAGCGGCGGCUCCGGGUCAGUCCUACCUCUGCCUCCCCGUCCAGAAGGAGGGUCUCCCCGCUGCCUCUGAGGGGGAGACAGGGGAGGAGUCCUGCCCCAGCGCCCCCCCUCCCGGAGCCUCCCCUUGCAGGAGGAGCCCUGUGGGGGGGCGGCGCUCCGACCUGGUCCUGCUGGGCUGUGGAGCUCUGCUGGCGGCCGCGGGGCUCGGCUGCAACCUGCUCACUUUAUCCCAACCUGAGGAAAACGUAAAGUCCCGCUGGGAGGCAUUUUUCCACCGGGCGGGGGGGCAUCGGAGGAGCACCAGCCCCCAGACUCACAGACUCUUCCGGAAAGAGAGUCCUCUGAAGGCCCCCACGAUCCCCUCUUCUUACACCUUACUGUCUUUAUCCUCGGUGUCGGACUGUAACUCCACGCGUUCGCUGCUACGCUCCGACAGCGAGGAGAAGCUGGCCUGCCGCCCCCCCCGCCUCCCCCCUCAAUCAUCCCCCCAUUAUCGGCAUCAGCCCCACAUCAACCCGCUGGUCAACACACACCUGGAGAGCUUCAAGCGUCACCCCCGCCAGUCGCUGACCCCCACCCACAUCCCGUCAGCCCCCAGUGCCUCCCGCAGUCUGAGGAGGACGCCGUCAGACGGAGCCAUCAAGAAGAGCUGCCCCCCCCAGAGCCUGGAGCCCCUGCUGGAGAAGACCGCUUUAGAAAACACAGGAAUCUUCAGAGGUUUUAAAGAAGACUGUCCUGAGGUCCCCCGGCUCCCCGAUCCAAAUCUGGUUUUCCCCCCAACCCCCCGCCGCCGCUGUGCCCCCGAACGCCCCAAAACUCUAGACUUUGUGGCGCGACCCCGCCCCUCCCCGAGGAUCCGCUGCGACGUGUUCUGGGCGGACGGUCGGCCCCGAGGAAACGGACAAAACCUGGGCAACGGAGAGUCCCCCGCCCACACCUCCAGUACAGAAACUCCCCCCACUGUAGAGUUUGGGCGGGACCCCCCCGUGGUGCUGCCCACCCCCCUGGAGGCGCCCCGCAGGAAGGAGAACCUGCUGGACAAGCUGGACGAGGGGCAGUGCCGCGACGGGACGCUGCCUCUCUGCAGGCCCGAGACCGGACGAUCCAAAGACUCUCCGUACCGAUACAGACCCGGGUACUGGUCCUGAACCAGCCCCGGCUUCAGCUGUCGUUUUUACAACCCAGUUUAAAUACAACCACGCCCACUUAUGCAUAACGAAAGUGUCGGAAUCAGAAUCCCUUUAUUUGUCCCGCAACAGAUACAUUUGCGUUGUUAAAUCAGCAGAAUUAUAGUGCUGAUAGACUUACAUCUUGAAUAAAAGAGUGGGUCCCAGUUGUUAAUAAUAAAAAAACACAAUAAGUAAAAAACCAAGCAGAUAAGUACAGCAUGGUAGCUGCGUCAGAGCUCACCUUGAAUGUUUUAAUCCAGAUAAUCAUGAAUCUGACAUGGAGCAUCUUUUUAUAAGUAGAUGAAAAUAGUGCUUUUUAAAUAUGACCAAAGCUAGGCUGAUCCGAGGUGAUGUUAGUUGAGCUUUUUAAUAUUAAUUCACCAUGGAUUUAAGAAGAAUAAACGAGUAUAACAACACUUUAUCUAACAACAUAAGUACAGUAUAUAUUUGACUAUAUCUACUAGGCUUUUCCAAGAUCGCUGUGAUGUUUUGUUUUGCAGCUAAUGUAAUGUAAUGUUUUGAAGCAUGAUUUGCACUGACUGCAUAGGGGGAUGCUAAAGCUGCUAACGACUGUGAGUCUGCUUAGCUGCAGUCCGUCACUAAAUUUAGAAUUGAUCGGACCACAAAAAAUUAGUUAACUAGCGCUAUAGCAGCUAUCCCCAUUUACAGAACGACCCCAAAACAGCAGGUCGAGCUAAUGUUUCAAAAAAAACAGGUAACCUAAUACCUUCUCUUACUGAGGAUGUAGUAGACUACUAGUUUUUUCAAGGAUCAGGGGAGGUUCAAUCCCCACUGCAGUCAUCAUGUCGUUGUGUCCUUGGACAAGACACUUCACCCCAAAUUGCUCCUGUGGGGAUUUGAGUGAAUGUAAAAGCGUCUAACAAGUGACAUGUCAUUUAGUUUUCUAUAUUCUUCAGUACCACCUCAUAUCUUCAUAACUGUGAUCGUCGUUCAUAUUUUAAAAGUGGUAUUUUCCUAAAUCACAGAAAAAGUUGCUCUGUCGAAAUGUCUGCGUUGUGUGUGUGGAAGUAGCCGUGGUUUAAUCUUAACUGGGUUGGAAAAAUGACAGACAUGCCUGUCCCUUGUUGAUGGUGUGGGUGAAUGAAUACUGACAAAAUGAAUCUGUUCUAGCUUUAAUCCGUGCUUAAAGGAAGAAGACUCACUUUUCCUCCAUUAAAAGAUAUGGCCACUAACUACCUAAAUGUGAAUAUUUACCCUUUGCGACAUUUGUUGUUUUGCCAUUUUUGAUACGAAUCCUCAAAUGUGGCGUCUAAAAAAUGCACAGUUCCACAAAGCUUUACAUAACUUUUAUUAAACGUCAUGCUUUGAGUUGAAGAUUGUGCAUUUAAAGAAGUGCACUUUCGGAAAGCGUCAUGAAUGUAUGUCUUUUUCCAACUUCAGAAGGAAUUAGGUCUCUGAUUCUUUCUUUUAAUUUGUCAAAACGCAUCGUGUUCUUGUCGGUAUAAUUCACUCUCUUUUGAUCGCCUGUACACCGUGAUAUCCCAUUCCUCCAGACUUAAAGGGAGCGUUGUGUUUGUAACUGUAUUUAAAUGUCCGCCUCAUGAAUGAAUUGUUGAUCAAGAAAGAAUUGAGGGAUGUAAAGUGUGCAAGUUAACGGCUUACAGGUGAAGCAGGCCCUGGUGGCAUGUGUGUAUUUAUUAUUUAAUGUUAUUUAAGUUAUUUUUAUAAUGCAUUGUUUUUGCCUUGAUUUUUGACACUUGUUAUGAAUGCCACGUUUGACUUUAUAUAUGUAUUUGUCUGUUCCACGCUUUUAAAAUAAUUUUCAGGUUGUUGUUUUAAACAUCUUUCACAAGUAGUUUCGAUCCAACUUGAGAAUCAAAGCAGGCACGAUCAGCUGGGGAAUCUACGUUUGGGCAUUUCUUUUUAAAGUAAAAAUACAAAUCAUUCCCUUUUUCCAAUGUUGGGAAGAAGAUAAGGAAAACAUUUUCUGGGGGGAUAUGACCAACGUUUUUUUGUUGAGAAUUCUGUUUUCUUUAUCAAAAUGUCGACUUUUUCUCAAAAUGUUUUUUCUUAGAACUCUAAAUUCUGCCUUUUUUUUGUUUAUCUCUGAAUCCUCACUUCAGUCUCUGAUUUUCUGAUUCUUUUUUUUGUUUUAAAAAUAUAUUCACAUGUAGCCUGAACCUCUUCAGUAUAGUCUUAAUGGUUAGAAUUUGGUCGGUUUGGUUGGUUGUUGUCUUAACUGAUGAUAAACUGAUAUUUGGGGGGGGGCUUUGGACUCUUAACCUGGCAGAAAACAUAAUGAAAACGCAGCUUAAAGGUGGGGCAGAUUUUUUCCUACACAACUAGCGCACUCGAGCUGGUUUCUCCGAAAUUACAUACCCCACCUUUAAGUGACUGUAAGAAACUAAUUUAAAACUUUAAACACCCAACAUUCUCCAGCGUCUCAAUUAAGUAAAAUGUGCUGCUUUUCUUAAUCUUUUCUGAGAGUAAACUGAAUGUUUGAUUUGCAAAAAACUGCAAUUUGGUGACAACAAAUUGGGCUUUGGUGAAUUGUUAAAGUUUUUAAUUACAAGAAUGUAAUCAAUAACUCAAAAUAUAUGUUAUUUGCAUCCCAUAUACAUCAACACGUUUUUUUAAACUGAGCUAAAUGCAUGCAGACUGGUCGGUGCACAUUGAUUAUUUAAUGUCUCCGCUUUUAAUGGCGUUUGUAUCGUACCGAGGUUGAUUAUUAAUUUCACUAAUGUGUUUUUGGGAGGAAAUGCCCGGUUUCGUUCUUCCCAUGCACUCUCGGGUCAUAAAACACGUUUAUUAAUCAAUUAUUUGAAAAAAGAAACACCAUCUGACUCUGGUCUUAAGGCCCGUUUCUCUCAUUUCAUUUUCAAAUGUUAAGUGACCAGAGAUCUGUCUUGUAUAAAACGUGAAUGCUUUUCUCUGAUGCCUGCAGAAUGUGAUCGUGCUUUAUGAUCGUGCUGCUGGUUGAAACACCACUCUUGUCCGACGUUUCCUUAAAUGUGUCCGAGAUGUUACCACGAAUAAGCUGAUGGACUGUUGCUGAUGGACAUCGUUGGGGUUGGGAAUGAUCCUGUUAGUGACUGACUUGUAUUUGCACUGGAACACUGAUUUGAGUAAAAUCAUAGUAAACUAUCCAGUUUAUUUUUGCAAGAG